AUGAGAGCUGACGGCGGCACAGCCCCCUUCUCCACCCGCCGCCCCCGGAGAGGCGACGGGGGAACGGAGAGGGGGGUUCGCCUCGGGCCGGCCAGCGAGAACCAGGAAGAAACACACCAGGAAAGCGGGUCGGGACCGACAGACACGGGGCCCGCGACCGACGACGCACCGGCGAACCGGGCACGCGGAGGCGAGAGCCCCACGGGCGCCCGAGAGGGGGCUCCCCAACCCCGACCGCGGCGUGCCUCGGGAACGGCCACCCGCCGCGUGAGGAACGGGAGUCCGAGGGAGCCGCCGGACGCCGACGGCUCCCUAGGGCCCCCCCGCCCCCCCGACCCCGGGGACGGAGAGGCGACCCCCCCGGGGGUCUUUAAACCUACGCGCCGGAACGCGGUAGCUAGGUACCCGGACAGGGGGCGGGGGCGGAGACGCGAGAGAGAGGACCGCCGCCGCGACGACGCACCCGGUCGCGCACCCUCGCGCGACACCGGCUCCGUCCGGCACGCGCGCCCGGGAGCCACGGCGAGAGGCCGCGCGGGACGCCGACGCGGGGCGCUCCCCUUCCCCCCACGACGGGGGGGAACACGGACGCGCACCACCCCCCAGAAACAGAACACGGAAGAGCCGGACGGGAAAGAGGGGACACACCCGCGGGCCGCUGCGGUGCGGGAGCGAGCAGCGCACGACGGGACGCGGACGGACGAGCGGGAGAAGAGCGAGCGGGAGGAGGGCGGCGGGUGGCCGGAACCGAGAGAGGCCACCCGUCGGGAACCGCCGAGCCGCCGCGAGACGGACGCGCUCCCGCGCGACGCACCGCGCCUACUGACCACGCCGCGGUUCCAAGCCGGCGGCCGCGGGCGGGCGCUCGAGAGCGGGUGCGGGGCCGCGGCGGGCCCCCCACACACACGCGGCAGCGAGGCGCAACGCCGGGGAGAGCGGGAUGAUCCCGGACCCGCUCCGGGCGGGGUCGGAAGACCGGGAACCGGCAGAGCGGGAGACGACACACCGCGCCAACGGGCUUGGCGGGAGAGACGGGCGGCGGGCCACCCCCCGGACGAGAGGCGGAGGCGGAGGGGACCGGGACACCGCGAAAAGCCGGGCCGCGCGCGUGCUCGGAAACGCGGCGGGAGAGGCGGGAGGGGGAGAGAGGCGACGACACGCGGACGGUCUUUCCCUCGAGGGACGGGAGGGGGGACGCCGCGGCCCACGACGCACGGACGGGCCGGACCUCGGGGACGGGGAGAGUCAUCGACCGGAGCCCCCACCGUCGCCGCACCGGAGGGAAAAAAAAAGCACGCAAGUGGGGGGUAUCUCACCGCCAGGCACCCAACCCGGUGCGGUGGCGGUUCCCCACACGAGACGCGCCUUCCCGGAGGACGACGACGACGACGGGGCCGGAAGAGUCCCCAGACGCACCUCGGACGGCGGACCCACCGCCACGCCGCAGACGACGGACGUCCGCUAAGCCUCCUUCCCUCGCGAGGUUCCCGAAACGCGCGAAGCCCGCCUCUCUCGCACCCUCUCGCACGGACCCACCGCCGAGACAGACGCGCCCGCCGCCGCCGAAGGACCCCCCGGCGGCGACGGGCCCCGACGCGUCCGGCGACGCGCCGGGAGACGACCGACCGCCGUUCUCCAAAGGCCGCACCCGAGAGAGAGGUCACGACCCCGCAAAGCCAGAACCGGAUCCCCGGCCCCGAGGAGGGACGGGUCAACCGCUGCUCCCCAACCGUGGGAACGCUGCCGGGGAGGGGGAGCGAGGCGACUCCCACACGGCACACAACACGAGCGACGCACGCACGCGACGCGCGCAGCGAGGCCGCGGUCCGCGGGAACGGCAAAGACGGGGAAGCGCGGGAGGGACCGCUCGCGGCGGGCACGGACGGCGGACGGGUGGGACCCGGGAGCCCACCGCCACCCAGCCCCGCUCUCUUCCCUGCUCGGGCUCCGCGCCCCGACCGAGGCGCGUACGCACCCUCGGGGGAGCGGGGGGAUCGGGGUCCCGCGGCACUCGGGCGCGCGCACACGCGGCCCCUUCGUUCCCCGCCACGGGUAACACGUCCCGGGCUCCGGCACGACACGCCGGCGUCACGACACGCUCUCUUGUCCCGCGUGGUUCCUCCCCGGACUCGGAGCGAGGAGGCGCGGGCCGCAGUGGGCGACACAAACGCUCGGGUUUCCCCCCCCAAAGACGGGACGCGGCGAGGGGCACCCGGCCGAAGCUACGCGCAUCGGGAGGUCAGGGCGUGCUGGGGCGACCAGGCGGGCCGACGGGAGACCCCAAGCACGCCCGCUCAUCGGAUCGCUAGAGAAGGCACUUUUUUCUCACUGAGGGCGGGCGGGACGGACCCGGCCCGACGAGCCUCCGGCCGCGGCAGCGCAAGAGCCGGGGGAGCGACACACACACCGCUCGAUGAUCUCGAGCGCAGCGAGGCGGGGGGGCCUGCGGUAUCGGCAAGGCUCUUACUUCCUUUCCGGGGCGCGUUCUUGAGCGUUCGCGGACACAGGGGACCGGACCGAGAGAAAACAUAA